AUCACAGAAUAGUGUAUCGAGUCUCCAACUUUUUGGUUGCAAAGUGGAUCAGCCCUGAGCUCACUUGGCGAAUAGCUACGGAUUAUCAGUCAGCCCAAUCUUGGCCGAAAUCCCCACGAUACUUAUAAGAACCAUGAAGGACCCCGUCGCGAGAACCGCCUCUCCCUAUUCCGAUCCAACAGUGAAAGGUCCUCGAUCCCAGAUACUCUCUUCAGGAACCGCUCAAGAUCCCCGCAAAAUGCUCGUCGGUACUGUCAACAAGACCGGUCUUCACCCGAGCGGUGUCGAACCACAGUUCGAGGUCGAACACACCGAACUGGAGGAGGAGCUGCACGAGAAGGCACACAUCGACUACACUACCGUCGCAAUUAUCCCUAACCCCUCCGUUGCCGCUCUCUACGAAGAUGCAUUGGUCUACGAAACAGGAACAGCAAUCACCUCGAGCGGUGCUCUGACGGCGUACUCUGGCAAGAAGACGGGUCGGUCACCAUUGGACAAGCGAAUUGUCAAGGAAGAGUCGUCUGAAAAGGACAUCUGGUGGGGACCAGUCAAUAAGCCUAUGACUCCCGAGGUCUGGAAAAUCAACCGCGAGCGAGCCGUUGACUACCUGAACACGAGAAAUCGCAUCUACGUCGUUGAUGGCUAUGCGGGAUGGGACGAGAAAUACCGGAUCCGAGUGCGGGUAGUCUGUGCUCGCGCGUACCAUGCUCUCUUCAUGCGCAACAUGCUGAUCCGCCCGACUCGUGAGGAGCUGGAGCGUUUCCACCCCGACUACACGAUCUACAAUGCUGGUUCCUUCCCGGCCAACAGAUAUACCGAGGGCAUGACCUCCGGCACCUCAGUAGCUAUUAACUUUGCUGAGAAGGAGAUGGUCAUUCUCGGCACUGAGUAUGCUGGCGAGAUGAAGAAGGGCAUCUUCACCGUGAUGUUCUACGAGGGUCCGAUCAAGCACAACAUCCUCACUCUGCACUCUUCGGCAAAUGAAGGCAAGGACGGAGAUGUUACACUGUUCUUUGGCCUAUCCGGAACUGGGAAGACCACCCUCUCGGCGGACCCUAACCGGGCCUUGAUCGGCGACGACGAACACUGUUGGUCCGACCGUGGCGUCUUCAAUAUUGAGGGCGGUUGCUAUGCGAAGUGCAUUGGUCUGUCAGCCGAAAAGGAGCCAGAUAUCUUCGGCGCUAUCCGGUUCGGAUCUGUUCUGGAGAAUGUUGUCUUCGACCCGGAGACCCGCAAUGUCGACUACGAUGACGCCACAUUAACAGAAAACACCCGUUGCGCCUAUCCCAUCGAGUACAUCAGCAACGCCAAGAUCCCAUGCUUGUCAACCAACCACCCUUCUAACAUUAUCCUCCUGACCUGCGACGCUAGGGGUGUCCUGCCACCUAUCUCCAAGCUCAACAGCGCCCAGACCAUGUUCCACUUCAUCAGCGGUUACACAUCAAAGAUGGCCGGGACAGAAGAUGGCGUUGACGAGCCUCAGGCGACCUUCUCUUCUUGUUUCGCUCAGCCAUUCCUGGCUCUCCACCCCAUGCGCUACGCGAAGAUGCUCGCCGACAAGAUCGAAACCCACAAUGCGAAUGCCUGGCUGCUCAACACCGGCUGGGUCGGUGCCGGUUUCUCGCAUGGCGGCAAGCGCUGCCCGCUCAAGUACACCCGUGCCAUCCUCGACGCCAUCCACAGCGGUGAGCUCGCCAAGGUCGAGUACGAGAACUACGACGUCUUCAAUCUCCAGGUCCCCAAGACCUGCACCGGCGUUCCCGCUGAGCUGCUCAACCCCAAGAAGGCCUGGACAGCUGGGGACGAGAGCUUCAACAAGGAGGUCACCAAGCUCGGCGGACUGUUCAUCGAGAACUUCAAGAAGUACGCGAGCGAGGCCACCGAAGAUGUGGUCAAGGCCGGGCCGGUGGUUUAAGAGGAGAAACAGAAGGACACAUCUGCGACCGAGAACAUGGUACCUGGAGUGUUGGUUUGCUGGCGAGGACGAUUGCGUCCUGACCUUCCCGUCGUCAGUUUGGAUCUGAGCUUCGAAUGAUUUUCUUGUUCCUUUUCCUUUUUGGGUUUGAGGGAUCCAUAUGCCACUUCGUGUACAUGCGAAUGCGGUUCCCUUGGUGUGUGGUAAGCAAAAAUUGUGUUUCCUUUUACGGCUUCAGUUAGAGCUGUACAACAAAUGGACAUGGGUGCUCGAAGCAUUCUGUCGGGAAUUGGCAUAAUUAGGGCAUUGGCAUGGGCUUGCCGAGCUAGAGGAGGAACGGGUAACGUGGUCAUGAUUUGGGUCACUCGAAACCAGCAGAAGAGCAAUUUGCAGAUAAGAAUAAUAGGGCCCGUUUGGCGCCAUUCAAGCAA